GCCGCCGCCGCCGCCGCCGUGUCCUCGCGACUUACGUCCAUCAAACGUCGUGCGAUCCGCGGCGAUCAAUUCGAUUUCAUCGGGACGCUCGUGAGGAUAAGCGUCGCCCACGACACCCUGUAGCCUCGGCUAGAGAGAGGGUGUUCUUGACACGCGUCUGUCUCAACUUGCUUCACGUUGACGGGAGCAAAGUGACCGAGAGUGAUACUAUACUAUACUCUUCGCAUUCGCGCGUUCGCGCGUGUGUCUUCGCGUCCGGUGAACGUGAGUUUAAUUGAUCGAACCUUCGGACGAUAUCCGUGAUAUCACGCGGCAUCCACGUCGGCCGAAUUUCGAGCGCGUACCGUAAAUGUGAAGAGAGAAGACUUUCGCGCGCGCGCACGGAGAGAGACUCCGAGAGAAGCACCGUGUCGCUCUGCUCCUCGCGAGAAGAAAUCCUCCUCAGCGACGCUUGGUGCAAAGUCCUCGCGAAUCGAGCUCUCGAGGCCGAGGACGGGGCACCCCCGGUCGCGGAAUCGCUCGUUUUGCUCCGAUCGUUCGUACCGAAACCUCGCGACUCCGCCAAGGCGAGGAUGUAAUCACGUCGAAUAUCCGCGCCAGACGUCUCGCGUAAACGUCUCGCAGCGUCGCUGAGCCGAGCGAGAAAAAGAUGCAGUCCACCUGCCAGCAGCAACAAGCUCAGCCAGGUCAGAACGGUACUUCCGCCAGUAGGACGUCGUUCCUCAUCGAGGAUAUCCUUAGUCGCGGCACCGUGACUCCUCACUCGCAUCACCAUCAGCUGCACCAUCAACACCUGACAUCGACUACCCUCGGACACGGUCAGCAUCAUCAGUACCAGCAGUUCGCCAGUCUACUACCCGGCUAUCCUACGGCGCCGCCCGCCGCGGCGGCCUUCUUCUUGGGACCGCUCUUCGGUAGCACUGGCAUGGGGGUUGGCGUGGUGCCGGGGGUCGGCGAGCUGGCAGCUUUGAAGCAUUGCCGACGACGGAAAGCUCGAACCGUGUUCAGCGACCAGCAACUGGCAGGACUGGAGGCCAGGUUCGAGGUGCAGAGAUACCUGAGCACACCCGAGAGAGUGGAGCUCGCGGCCGCGUUACAUCUGUCGGAAACGCAAGUGAAAACGUGGUUCCAAAAUCGGCGAAUGAAGCACAAGAAACAGCUGAGGAAACUGAAUACGAGCACCGGCAGUAACAGCAAUUCUGGACAACAGCCAAUCUCCGUUACAUCGCCAGCCGAACGCCCUGUUGAUUUCUCACUGAGUGGCGGCCGCGAGUCUCGCGCGAGCAGCGACGCGCCCGCCGAUUCCGACGACGAGGACGAUGACGAGAUCGACGUGCUGGGCGAUGAGACGCCGUCGCCGACUCCGACGCCAACCGCGACGCCAACACCGGCGCCGGCUCCGACCCCGACCCCGAUGCCGAUGACGAUGCCUACCCCGACGUCCACGAUGAUGCCGACGUCGACGUCGACGGUCUCGACACCGACACCAUCGACGCCGACGCCGACGCCGACGUCGACGCGAAGUACCGUCUUGCCUCCCCUGUCCAGACGCGGCGGCACGCCACCGAGGAUCCUCCAUACGACGAUUCAUCCGCAUCCACAUCCGCACUCGCACUCCCAUCCACACCCACACUCGGUCAGCUUGCACCAUCAACCGCAACACGGCCAGCAUUCCGCCCAACAACGUCAACACCGCUGAGGUGACGUCGUAAUAAAGGAUAAAUCGAACCGGCCGUUUCUUGCAAAAAUCACAUAGAGGCGAGAGGAUGAUCUUCCGACGACGACGACGAAGAUGACGAUCGGAUCGCAUGUCGUCAUCGGAAAUCGUAAAGUUUACCGCGCGUGUGAUGAUCACCGUGCUAGCCGAAUGGGUGGAAUUCAGCGGAGAGAAGAAGAACCACACCCAGUUCGGGCUCGAGGACAUAAAGAAAAAAAAACUCGUCGUUUUGCGUCUUUGAGAGGUCGAGACUUCAGUGUAUACACCAGAGUAUCUUUCAACGUGGGACUAUAGCAGUUCGGAUAUGAGAUGCGAUAUUUAUGUAAUUAUAAAAUUAGAAGAUAUAUGUGUUGCUGAAUACAAACGGAACGAAAAAACACUGGAAGCAAGUGCAGAAAUAUAUUUUGCAAAAAACAAAAACUAGCUUCGAGAUACCCUCGUGGAAAAGCUCGUAUCGCGUGUGACAAAAAUGAUUUAAUAAGCGACAACUGAAAUUUUACCUAAUGAAGAAACGUAAGUGAUAAUGAACCGUCAUUUCGUAUGUCUGUAUGAAAAUAAAAUACUUAUAUCAGAUUCUUAAAUAUUUUACAACUUAAUUUUCUCAUGCGAAUCUCAAUUGUUUCGCAAAUUUCCACGACUCUGGUACAUUCAAAGCGUUUCAAUUACUUUCCAUUCACUAGCGUAACAGUACAAAUAAUUCGAGCGAAUAUAAAAA